GCUCAUCAGAGAUACUUUCACCACAGCGUUUGUCAAGAACCUGAUCGUGGUUCUGGUCUGGCUCACACUCAGUUACAUCAACGGCACCUUGGUGGUCACGUUUUUUAGACACCAGACCUUUUAUGACGACCCUCGUUACAUCCUCUUCAUCCACAUGGUGAUGAACGAUGCCAUCCAGCUGACUGUCACCAUCAUGCUUUUCAUUCUCAGCUACAUCUUCUACAAGAUUAACGUCGCUUUCUGCUGCUUCUUCAUCCUGGUGGCGGUCUUCACCACCAGAAACACCCCUGUUAACUUAGCUGCCAUGGCCAUCGAGCGCUACAUAGCCAUAUGCGAACCUCUGCGGUAUACCCAAAUCUGCACCGUGAGGAGGACCUACAUCGUCAUCGGGAUGAUUUGGUUUAUCUGUGUGGCUCCAGAUAUUACAGAUCUGUUUGUAACACUUGCAACCGAGUCUCUGAGCUUCUUUCAUGAGUCGGUGUUCUGCUUGCGCCAGAAUGUGUUCAAAGACCCGAUCCUGGCAUACAAAAGGCAAGCCUUUGAUAUCAUCUACUUCUCCUGUGUGUUUCUGAUUCUGGUCGUCACCUACUUGAGGAUCCUGUUUGCAGCCAGAGCCCUCUCCACAGAUAAGACAUCAGCCCAGAAAGCCAGGAACACCAUCCUCCUCCACGGGGCCCAGCUGGCUAUGUGCAUGCUCUCCUACGUCUCUCCUAGCGUGGAGGUGGUCCUCCACAUCAUCUUCCCAGGCCGGAUCCUCGAAAUCAGAUUUGCAAACUACCUGAUCGUCUACAUCCUGCCCCGGUUUCUGAGUCCAAUCAUCUACGGUGUCAGAGACAAGAAGUUCAGGGAGUACCUCAGGAUGUACUUUCUGAGCAACAGAUGCAGAAACAAAGAGAGGAAAGUAACGCCCGAGGACAAAGACCACCUGUAGAGUGUUUGAAGAAAAUCUUUAAUUUGUAAUGUUCUGAUGUGAAAAAUAAAUAAAUAUGUUGGAAAUGUUGGAAAUGCAAACUGUUG